AUGACGGCAAGGCCACGUGUUCACUUGGACAUCCAAGUUGGUGAGCAUACAAACAACUAUGCAGAAAUAGCUGCCAAAGACAAGCUGACGGAGCUGCAGCUGAGGGUACGACAGCUGAUGGAGCAGGUGGAUCAGGUCCAGAAAGAGCAGAACUAUCAGAGGUAUCGCGAGGAGCGCUUCAGACAGACCAGCGAGAGCACCAAUCAGAGGGUCCUGUGGUGGUCUAUCGUCCAGACGCUGAUCCUGGUGGCCAUUGGGUUUUGGCAAAUGAGACAUCUGAAGAGCUUCUUUGAGGCCAAGAAAUUAGUAUAGAACUGUAUUUGGAUUUGUUUUUUUAAGUUGUGAUUGUACAGUACACACAGCAUUUUGAAGAUUGCCUGCUUCAUGUGUGGUCAAGACUGCUGAAAAUUCAACAUGCUCUCAGUUCAGUUCCCUCCCUGAAUUCCCAUUUUUAUCCUGCAUUGACGUUUGUUUUACGCUGCUCGUUUCAGUGCCACACCCCGUGUAAUGUGAACCUGGUUUCUGUUCAGAAAUGCAUUACAGUGUGUUACUGUUUGGAGGUGAUAGGCACUCAACAAAAGCAGUUUACUGGAUUCAAAAUGCAAAUUGCAUAGUGGUUGCCUUACCAUAUUUUAUAGCCCCAUAACUUGAUAAGAUAAUAUUUUACAUUUGUUUCAGAAAGCUGAUGAAGACAUUAACUAUUAAACUGGGCUGCAAGUGUGAUUUAGUUUUUUGAUUAUUUGCUUAAACUUUUACAAAACAAAGUUUAUCCUGGUGGCAGGUGUAAAUGUAUUCUGUUGUUUGGUUAUGCAGUAAUUAGUAUGAUAUUUAAAGUUUUGCUCCGAGUGAAUGUUGCUUGGUGUUUACGUUUUUAUUCUUUAUACAGUUGGUUAAUGUUUUCUCUUCUAUACCCCAAUUGCAUUUUGUGUUGAGCAUCAUUGCGGUCAAGAACACUCGGAUCAUGUUAGUAUUAGGCCUUCCCUUUUGAUAGCUACAGUUUGAUGUUGACCUCAGUGAAUACAUGUGUACAUGUUUAAAACGUAUAUAUAUCCAAAUAAAUGGCAAAAUGUAGUUAUCAAAAGGUAAAAUGUUUAAUUAUGAGUACUUGGCACAUUGAAAUAAAUAAUAUCAAAAGGUUUUAUAUUUUUCGUGAAUGCUUAAAUCCCCAUUUCUCUUGACAGUUUUGCUUCGUUUCCUUUGAAAACUGUAUUGACGUCUUACACAUACAUUAUCAUCUUUUCACAUCUUUUUUUCCUAUUGUAAACUCCUCAGGUUGAUGUAGAGAUUUCAGUGGUUUAUUCACUCUUAAAUUGAUCUGCCCAGAAUACACUGUAAAUCUAAGAAGGUACCAUGCCUUUGUCAUAAUGUUGUAUUUUCUUCAAAAAAUAAGACUGCAUGUUGUUUUGAGUAUUUUGAUAGAUUAUUGCUCGUUGAAUUACUUUGCUAUCACAUUUGUAUGGUUUCUUUUUUUUUUAAUAAUUUUUUUUUGUCGUUUUAGUUUAUAAGCAGCCACCGGGAAAUGGGUUUACUUUUUAUGUAGGGAUACGGGAGGGAAAGUUUUGUUGGUGAGAAAUCUACCCCAUAAUUGCACUCAGAAAUAAAGUUUCCCACUCUCCCCAA